GUCAUGUGAUCAGCUGUGUCCAAUCACAGCUGAUCACAUGGGACAUGUAAACUGAUCAUCAGGGCACUGAUGAUCAGUGUGCCCUGAUGAUCAGUGUGGCCCCAGCAGUGCCACCUGUCAGUGUCCAUCAGUGCCACCUGUCAGUGUCCAUCAGUGCCUUGUGUCAGUGCUCAUCAGUGCCUUGUGUCAGUGCUCAUCAGUGCCUCGUGCCAGUGCCCAUCAAUGCCACAUAAGUGCCUACCAGUGCACAUCAAUGCCACAUAUCGCUGCCUUUCAGCGUCACCCCAUCAGUGCUGCCAGUCAGUGCCGCCUAACAGUGCAGUCAGUCAGUG